CCCGGAUGCAUCUCAUCGUGAAGUUCAGUUUUCUGGCGCUAGCGCGCGUUGCUUCAACCGCGGCUCUCACGGUUCCCUAUCUACCGCCGGCACAUGCAGCCAAUGUUGAUCCCGCUGCGCUCAGUAUUUCUUUGGAGUUCUUUGCGUUUCCGGGCUAUACCCAAUUGAACUCUACGACAAACUGCCUAGACUACAUUGAUUCCGUCCGAGGCGUAUCGCCAGCCGUGAGAAUCGGCGGUACGACCCAAGAUCGAGCAACGUAUGACCCCGAUUUGAAAACAGCGGUCGAUUAUUCGGUGGACGAUCCCGCCGACGCCCCAUCCGCUCUAACCUACGGGCCAGCUUUCUUCACGCUCGCGUCCCAAUUGAAAGGAGAUGUUACUGUCGGGCUGAAUCGGCAAUUGAAUAAUAUUUCAAACUCUUUGACAGCUGCAUUGCAAGCCAAGGCGAGCAUGCCAAACCUACUUUCAAUCGAACUGGGUAAUGAGCCAGACUUGUACAGCCAGAGCUCCCCGAUCGUUCCUGCGGGCGCGACAUGGAGCCCUUCAGUCGAUGGCACGAGUCAGAAACAGUGGUUCAGUGACAUGGGAACAACAGUUGGGAACAUAUUUCAAGGAGCCGUAUACUUAUCCUACCCAAAAUGGAGCACACAAGGGUUGAUUCCCAUCCUCUCCAACGCAAUCAGCUAUGUUAAGACGUUCUCCGGACAUUCGUACCCGCAAUCAGCCUGCGGUGGCGCGACAACAGACUUACCGUCAUUGAUGAAUCACUCGGCAAUAGUCACCUACACUAGCCAGUACAAACCAGAAGCGGCUGCUGCCCAUGACGCAGGCAAGAAGUACUUUCUAGGGGAGACUAACUCAGCGACAUGCGGCGGCGGUGGCAUUAGCCCGACAUUUGGCGCAGCGCUCUGGGUCAUGGAUUACGUCCUCCAGGGUGUCCUGAACGGUGUCGAUAGGCUAUACUUCCAUCAGGGAACUAUCGGUAAUUGCCAAUACUGUUUUUGGGGCCAGUAUACAGUCGGCGCUCCGUUCUACGGCGCAGCAUUCGUAUCCGACUUUCUCGGCCGAGAUGGUGAGAAACUGGUGAUGCUUGACGACGGUUCUGGCAGUAUUGGGUUAUACGCGAUCUAUAACGCAGCUAACGCGCCCACCCGCCUUCUGAUUUAUAAUUCGGGUUAUUACAACGGCACCGGGACAAGACACAGUACGGGGAUCAGUGCUACCAGGGAGGUACGAGCGAAGCGACUGACGGCGCCCAACGCGACUUCACGCGUGGAUCAGGGCGCAAACGUCACCAUAGGCGGUGCCAUAUUUGACGGGAUUUGCCAACUUUCUGGGUCACAAAUAACAGAAAGCAUCGAGGUCGUAGGAGGGUCGCUGUCAGCGUCCGUAGCGAUGUCGGAAGCUCUUAUCAUAUAUCUAUGAGACGCCCGAUCUGUUGGGUUGGCGAAGCAGUCGUCGAGCCCCACAGGCUUUAUGGGGCAUAUGAUAAGUAGUGUGACGUCGGCCAAUCAUAAUGAUGCGUGAAUGAUGCGGGUGUUCUCUCACAAA